CCCGCAACCCGCCGUGCCCGUGAUGCCGGUAGCGGCGUGACCCGCAGCCUUGUCGCGGCGGGGCGGCCCCCGCGCCCCCGGGGCCAUGUUCCAGGGCUUCCCCGGGGACUACGACUCGGGGUCCCGCUGCAGCUCCUCGCCCUCGGCCGAGUCCCAGUACCUGUCGCCGCUCGACUCCUUCGGGAGCCCCGCGGCCGCCGGGGCCGCGCAGGAGUGCAGCGCCCUGGGGGACAUGCCCGGCUCCUUCGUGCCCACGGUGACGGCCAUCACCACCAGCCAGGACCUGCAGUGGCUGGUGCAGCCCACGCUCAUCUCCUCGGUGGCCCCGGGGGCUCCCAUGGCUCAGCCGCCCCCCCUCGACCCCUACGACCUCCCCGGGCCCAGCUACUCCACCCCCGGCCUGGGCGCCUUCGCGGGACCCCCGGCCCCGACCCCCGCCCGGGCCCCCCGCGCCCGCCCCCGGCGCAGCCGCGAGGAGACGCUGACGCCGGAGGAGGAGGAGAAGCGCCGCGUGCGGCGGGAGAGGAACAAACUGGCGGCGGCCAAAUGUCGCAACCGGCGCCGGGAGCUGACGGACCGGCUGCAGGCGGAGACGGACCAGCUGGAGGAGGAGAAGGCGGAGCUGGAGUCCGAGAUCGCGGAGCUGCGCAAGGAGAAGGAGCGCCUGGAAUUCGUGCUGGUGGCCCACGCGCCCGCCUGCAAGGUCCCCUUCGAGGACAUCGGCGCCGUGGGUGCCGGCCCCGCCGAGAGGGAGCCACGUGUGGAGCCUCGCACCAGCGGAGCAGCAGCAGCGACCAGUCCUCGGACUCCUUGAAUUCUCCCUCGCUCCUCGCGUUGUGAACGGGGUGUCCCCCCCUCUGCCCCAGGCCCACCUCCCCCUCUCGAGCCCCCCAAAAACGGGCACCUCCUCCCUGCCCCCGCCGCGCCUCGGGGCUGGGCUUUGCCCGCUCCGCUUUUUUGGGUUUUUUUUCCGGCUCCAGUGGGGUUUUUUUUCUCCUUUAGGGAGGUCGGGAGGGGUUUGGGUUUUUUUUUUUGGGGGGGGGGCGUUUUGGCGCCUGGAGGUGGUGGCCGUGAUGAGGCUCCAGCGUUCCCGUGGCUGUUCGGAGGUGUCUGCUCCCGGUCCCCGUCACCCCGUGGGGGUUCGUCCAGGAUCUUUGUCCCUCUGGAGAUGUCCCUGCCCCGUCCCCAGCACCCGGAGAAGGUUCUGUGUCACCUCAGAGGUGUCCGUCCCUCAUUUCACGGGGUUCACCCCGGAUCUCCGCCCAUCUGGAGAUGUCCCCGUCCCGUCCCCAGCGCCCGGAGAAGCCUCUCGUGGUGUCCCUGUCACCUCAGAGGUGUCCGUCCCUCAUUUCACGGGAUUCAUCCCGGAUCUCCGUCCCUCUGGAGAUGUCCCUGCCCCGUCCCCAGCACCCGGAGAAGGUUCUGUGUCACCUCGGAGGUGUCCGUCCCUCAUUUCACGGGGUUCAUCCGGCGUCUCCACCCCUCUGGAGGUGUCCCUGCCCCACCUCCAUCCCCCCGGGAAGGUCUUUUUGUCCUCUCCGUCACAUUUCGAGGUCCCUGUCCUCGAUCCCCGCCAUCCUGUGGCACUUCGGGCAGAGUCUGCGUCCCUUUGGUGACGUCCCUGUGCGAUUCCCGCCACCCGGAGAAGGUCUCCGUGGUGUCCCUGUCACCCUGGAGGUGUCUGUCCCCCGUCCAGGGGGUUCCUGCCGCAUCUCCAUCCCUUUGGAGAUGUCCCAGCCUGGUCCUGGCGGCACCUGUGACACCUGAGGUGUCCCCAGUCCCCCGCUGAAGGUCCCUGUGCCCGAUCCCGGAUCCCCAGGAGGGUUCUGGUGCCAUCGCCACCCCUUUGGGGUCCCCAGAAGGUCCCUGCGUCAUUUCUGUCCCACUGGAGACGUCCCGUGUCCCCCUCCCCAGCGCUCCGAGGGGCUCCACGGGCCGUCUCUUCCCCCUCCAGGUGUCCCUGUGGGGUCUCCCCCCUCUCGGAGGUGCCACUUUGUCACCUCCAUGUCCCCACCUCGGGGGUCCCUGGGCCUCUCCAGGUGACCCCUCCAGGUCACCUCCUCCUCUUUGGAGCUGUGUCACCUCCGGGACCCCCCCGCGUGCCGUCCCCGUCCCCCUCCAGGGUCACCCCUCCAGGUGACCCCCUCCUCCAGGUGACCCCUCCUCCAGGUGACACCUCCAGGUGGGCUCCCAU